AUGAUUAGAAAAUUAUUAUCAAGGUCCCUAUUUAUUAGACCACAAUUCUGCAUCAAUCACAUCUUUGACACUCAAGAUCACUUUAAGAAGUUUAACAGGUCAAGCACCGAGGGCAUUAAGUCAUCUGUCAAUCCAUUACCAUCUCCAAGUGAAGAGGCAGCACUCUACAUGGAAGAAAAUGAAGUCGAUGUCAGAUUCUUGAAAGUCUUGAAAUCCUUCGAGAAAAUAGAUGUCAAAUCUGUCAAUUGGGAAGGAGAUUUAAUUAAGGAUAUAGGUUUGGACAGUCUUGAAAGAAUAGCUUUGAUCACCUCAAUAGAGCAUGAAUUCACAGCAAUCUUUGAGGAUCGAGUAUUUGAUAAUUUGAAAUCAUUGCAAGACAUUAAGAAGCUGAUCCUAAAAGAUGAUUCAGCAUUUUGA